AUGUAUUUCAUUUGAAUAUAUUACACUUUAUAAUAAUGAAAUUAUAUGUGGUAUUAAAAUUAAUUACGGGCAUUUUAAUUAAUAAUAUUAUUGCCAAAAUAAAAUAAAAAGUGAAAGAGCAUAGGAAUUGAUAUUACUAAGGACAGAUGAUGACAAUUUAUACAACAACGCUAUUAAUAAGAACGAUUAGUCAUGAUCCAAUUAUUAUUGAGAGGUGCUGAUUGGUUGUCCCCGAUGUGGCAAUCACAACGAAAACUACAAAAGAUACCACCUAACCAUCGGCCCAAUUUUUGUCGACGAUUGCAAGUGCCACCAUCAUUUAUAAACCUGUUAACAUAAAACACAAAUAUAUAAAAAAAUUUUAUUACGCCAAUCAAAACUCAAUCAAUCACAUUAAAUCGAAAAACAAAAGCCUCAGAGUAACGGAAUAUAAUCAAAUUCUCUAGAAUCGAAAAAUUAUAGAUAGAGUAAGAGGUAAUUUGAAUGAUUUUUUAUAUCAAUUAUAACAUGUUUCUCUAUCGUAAAAUUAUUAAAUUUUUUGAAUUAAAAAGGAUAACAUUUGUGCGGACAUCAACAAUUUUUAUAAAAAAUGGCAGGUUACAUGCCACCAAUUCAUAUGCCAUUGGAACCAAAAUGGCGACAUUAUCCAACAUACAUCUAUUCAAGAAAUUAUGGAUAUGGAAUAAAUUACUAUCAGCCAAUGAUUGAUUACAUGGAUAACAAACGACUUUCUUCAAGAUCACCUUUACCAGAACUUGAAAGAAAAAUAGAAUUACCUGAAUUACCCUGGUCUGACGGUAGAAUCUUAUGGCAGGACAAAAAAGUGCAACCUUACACAAGAGACGAUCUUAUUAAAUAUGCAAUCGACGCUGAGGACGAAGCCAGAGAUCAUCUGUCUCGUUUUAAGGUACGGUAGCGUCAAGAAAAUGAUAAGUUUUCGCAAAGGGAAAUUUCUGAGAAAUACGGGGCGAUCCAUUUUCCGAGUGCCGCGUAACUUGGCGACUGCUCGACCUUUCCGGAUUCUAAAUUUGGUGCCACAGUAAAAGUUGCUUUCAUGUGGCAACGAUCAAAGACGUGUGCACGGAUGCUGUGCGUAAUUCAUUGCAUUAUUGAUGUCGUUGCAUUUUCUUGUUUCGUAACUUAUUUUUCCUUGUUUUCUGGCAAAAAUAUUAUACAAUGCGUCAUCAAAGUUCUUUAGUUAAUUUUGUGUUCGUAACAAAAAAAAAAUGGUUAUACUAUCAAAUUUUACUUCUUUGAUAUUCAUUUAUUUCUUCCUAUAGAUCACAGUUUAUUUCGGAAACAAUAUAAAAUUAACUCGUUAGAAAUAAAUUUUAAAGAAGGAAACAAUUUUGUUGAAAUACAAAUCUAAAAAUAAUUACAUUGAACCAUUAAAAAAUUUGGAUAUUUAAACUAUUUAUUAGAAUAUCAAAACUUUUGCAGUAGUAUCAUCACGCUUAAAUGUCUUACAUAAUAAUUUUGAUAAUCCAACAUAAAAUUAUUCUGAUUUAUAUUUAGUUAAAUUUUUAAAUACUACAGAUACAAAAU